AUGGCUGAUGCAAUGGUCGCUCCUCAACCCGCCGCGCCUCACACACAGGCUACUCCAGCCAAGGCUGAGACUAAGGCUAAACACGGGCACGCCGCCUCUCAGAGCGCACCACGGAAGGUGCGCUUUAACGUUGGGUCUAACUACAAGGUCCUCGAUGUCAUUGGCGAAGGUGCAUAUGGUGUCGUAGCAUCUGCUGUUCAUAGACCCUCCGGUCGGAAGGUUGCCAUCAAGAAGAUCGCUCCGUUUGAUCAUACCAUGUUCGCUCUCCGAACGUUACGCGAGCUCAAGCUGCUCGUUUACUGGGCUGAAGCUGGCGUCUCUGAAAAUAUUAUUUCUAUCAUUGACAUGAUCAAGCCUACGUCGCUAGAGUCCUUCAAAGAGGUUUACUUGAUCCAAGAACUCAUGGAAACAGAUAUGCACCGCGUCAUUCGCACCCAAGACCUCUCAGAUGAUCAUGCGCAAUACUUUGUCUACCAGACACUGCGCGCACUUAAGGCGAUUCACUCCGCAGAUGUCAUUCACCGUGACCUUAAGCCUUCCAAUCUUCUGCUCAACAGCAAUUGUGACCUUAAAGUCGCUGACUUUGGUCUUGCGCGUUCCGUGAAGACUGCCGCCCCAGGGGGCGAGAAUGGCUUCAUGACAGAAUACGUUGCAACAAGAUGGUACCGUGCUCCCGAGAUCAUGCUGUCCUUUUCCAACUACUCCAAGGCAAUCGACGUCUGGUCCGUUGGAUGUAUUCUUGCUGAGAUGCUUAAUGGGAAACCAUUAUUCCCUGGGCGUGAUUAUCAUCACCAACUCAGUCUUAUCCUUGAUGUCCUCGGCACACCAACUAUUGACGAAUUCUACGCCAUCACAUCGAGAAGGUCAAGAGAUUAUUUGCGUGCGCUGCCAUUCCGCAAGAAGAAGCUUUUCGCGCACCGCUAUCGACUUCUUGACAAGACAUUGACUUUCGAUCCUAAGAAGCGCAUUUCGGUUGAGGAUGCACUUGGGCACCCUUACCUAGAAGCAUACCAUGACCCUAGUGACGAACCUACAUGCGCGUCACUUCCGCCUGAAUUCUUCGAUUUUGAUUUCCAGAAAGAUGAGAUCAACCGGGAACAACUAAGAGAACUCUUGUACGAAGAGAUCAUGGCAUAUCGACCGUUAAUCUGA